UCGGAUUUACAGCAGUCAAAUUUAAAAAUAACCUUUCCCAUAAUGCUUUUCUUCACAUUUUUCCUUCUCCUUCCAACUUUAUUAACAUCACCAACAUUUGCCAAGUCGGUCCGUAUUAUAGGUGGUAAUACUGCAUUUGCGGGUCAAUUUCCCUUUGCAGCAGCCAUUUAUAAGAGAACCAACGAUGGGACAUUUUUCUGUGUAGGUUCCCUACUCAACCAUGAAUGGAUCCUAACAGCUGGUCAGUGUGUCGAUGGAGCCAGUUUAUUUACAAUUCGAUUGGGUUCAAAUAGUUUGAGUGCUAACGAUGAAAAUGCAAUUAGACUUUCAACUGACACUUUUGUUUUGCAUCCUAAAUAUGACCCUCUAACUCUUGAAAAUGACAUUGGACUUAUCAAGUUUCGUAUGGCUAUCUCGUACACAACUUACAUCAAACCUGUUGAUUUUUUACCACACAGUGAUUUAGUUCCGUUCACAGGCACCGUCGCUUUAGGAUGGGGACAAACAGAUGAUGAAACUCCUGGUGUUGUUGAUGACCUUCGUUGGGUUUCCCUGACGGUUUUAUCAAAUGAAGAAUGUCAAUCGAUUUAUGGACAUAACAUUUAUGAGAAUAUGGUUUGUGCCGAAGGCAAUUACAAUGAAGGAACUUGCAAGGGAGAUAGUGGUAGUCCUCUGGUGCAAAAUAUUGGAGGAUAUUUGAUGCAAGUCGGUGUUGCUUCAUUCUUAAGUGCAAAAGGUUGCGAAAGCACUGAUCCUUCGGGAUACACCAGAGUUUAUCCCUACUCCGAAUGGAUUUACAAUGUAACUGGGAUGUAAUUUAAUAAAUAAAUAAAUAAAA